AUUGCACUUCCUGCUCACAUUUCUGAUGAAAUUUUUAUCACAUUUUAUUUGAUUGUAGAGUAUAUUCUGUAUUGUUUUAUAAAUAAAAGACAUCAUGAAGUUGUAUACAAACAGUGGAAACUAUGAGACUAUAAAGAUUUUAAUUUCAGGCAACAUAUCUGGACAGAGACUUGAACAUGUUGAAGUUCAAAAUUCAGGUGAAGUCAAGUGUCAAUUGUUCUCUGAUAGAUUCCCAGUCCUGGAAGUAUCCACAAGCCUUGUUUUGCAGUCACCCAAUGCAGCAUGCAGAUAUGUACUGGCUAAAGGAGGUAAAGAUAUUGAUGAUAUCCAUAUUGAUGAGUGGCUGGAGUGGGAGAGCUCUGUUCUCAAGCCUUCAUUGCUGCCAUAUUUAGUGAGUUUACUGAAUAAAAGCCAGGUGGAUAAUAAACUUGCUGCAAAUUUGCAACCAUGUCUUCAACACAUAGAAAUGGCACUGAAGAGAACUGGGUACAUUUAUGGGGCCUCAGUAACAGCAGCUGAUAUUGUAAUGUGGAGCACAUUGAGCCCACUUCUAUCAGGGAAGGACACUGCAGCCAUAAGUCCCACUGUUCUACCUGCAACCUAUGGAUGGUUUAAAAAGAUGGUGGAUGAUGCAAGUUUCAAAUCAGCAGCUCAAGUUGUAGCUCAAAACAAACCCCUGUCUCUAGAAGUCUUCAAGAAAUCUCUACUGUCCCUGACUUUACCAACAACUGGGGGAGUGGAUAGCUUGAGUAAACGGUUCAAAGCAGGUUGCAAUGUAGCAAGUGGCCAAACUAAGACUAACUCAUCUGCAGAUGAGCAAGAGACUGUUCCUGAGAAGGCCCUCACAGAUGAGGAGGUCAGCAAAGCCUCUAAAUCCUGGAGCCAGGCUGAUGACAUGGUAAAACCUCUUCCCAGGCAGCAUCCAAUCUUGCCUAAAGAGGGUGCUAAGAAUAUGUUGGUCACCAGUGCCUUGCCUUAUGUGAACAACAUUCCACAUCUUGGCAACAUUAUUGGAUGUGUACUUAGCGCUGAUGUAUAUUCUAGAUUUUGUCGCUUGCGUAACUACAACGUGUUGUACAUCAGUGGUACUGAUGAGUAUGGCACUGCAACUGAGACAAAGGCUAUUGAGGAGAACCUUACACCACAACAGAUCUGUGACAAAUACAAUAAAAUACACACAGAAAUAUAUGAGUGGUUCAACAUUGAUUUUGACUUCUUUGGAAGAACUACGACAAAAUACCAAACAGAGAUAGCCCAAGAUAUAUUUUGGCAGCUUCAUAAAAACAAUUUUAUCUUAAAGGACACUGUAGAGCAACUUCGCUGUUUACAGUGUGAAAGGUUUCUGGCUGAUCGUUUUGUAGAGGGUACAUGUCCUUUCUGUGCGUACGAGGAUGCCAGGGGUGACCAGUGUGACAAAUGUGGCAAGCUAAUCAAUGCCCCUGAGUUGAAACAACCAAAAUGUAAAGUGUGUAAAAACACUCCAGUUGUUCAAACCUCUGAACAUCUCUUUCUAGAUCUACCAAAGCUUGAACCUCGUCUGUCAGCGUAUUUGGAUGCAGAAUUUGAGAAAGGUAUCUGGACAUCCAAUACUAAAGUCAUCACCAAGGCCUGGAUUAGAGAUGGUUUGAAACCACGCUGUAUUACCCGUGAUCUCAAAUGGGGAACCCCAGUACCUCUUGAAGGUUUCAAAGAAAAGGUGUUCUAUGUGUGGUAUGAUGCCCCUAUAGGCUACAUGUCAAUGACAGCCAACUAUACUGAGCAAUGGAAACAAUGGUGGAAUAACCCCAGCAAGGUUCAAAUGUAUAACUUUAUGGCCAAAGAUAAUGUACCAUUUCACAGUGUGAUAUUCCCCUGUUGUCUGCUAGGAGCAGAGAAUAACUACACUGUAGUGAACAAUCUAAGUGCAACAGAAUACUUAAAUUAUGAGGAUGGAAAGUUCAGCAAAAGUCGAGGUGUAGGCGUGUUUGGGAACAAUGCUAGAGAUACUGGAAUACCUGCAGAUAUUUGGAGAUUCUAUCUCUUGUUUAUUCGACCAGAGUCCCAAGACAGCACAUUUAACUGGGAUGAUUUUGUGUUGAAGAACAACAGUGAAUUGUUGAACAAUCUUGGGAAUUUCAUCAACAGGGCUUUGGCAUUCCUGGAAAAGAACUUUGAUUCUGUCAUCCCAGAGAUUACCCCAACUCAAGAGGACUCUGAACUGAUGGCAUAUAUCACUAGAGAAUUACACAGCUACAUAGACAAUCUCGAGAAAAUCAAAAUAAAAGAUGGCCUGCGCAAUAUUCUCAGUAUUUCAAAACUUGGCAAUCAGUAUAUACAAGCCCACAAACCAUGGCUGCUCAUCAAAGGAUCCCCAGAGGAAAAAUUACGAGCAGGGACUGUUAUUGGGAUUGCUGUAAAUAUUACCAAUCUUAUAUCCGUGCUACUACAACCAUAUAUGCCUGAGGUUAGCAAGACCAUACAGCAACAACUUAGUGCCCCGGACAUUGUGAAUGUGGUAGUUGACAAGUUUGUUUGCUUUCUAAAGCCAGGACAUAAAAUUGGCAAGCCCAGCCCACUAUUCCAGAAGAUAGAGCCUAGUCUUGCAAGUGAACUUAGAGAAAAGUUUGCAGGACAAUCUAGCAAACAGUCAGUGAGUGCUGCAGAUGCUGAGAGACUUUCAAGUGAAGUUGCAAAACAGGGUGAUAUUGUUCGUGAACUGAAGUCCAAAGGUGAAAAAUCUCAGGUUGAUGUUGAAGUGAAGAAGCUUCUUGAAUUAAAGAAACAACUUGCAGCAGCCCAAGGAGUGCCUGAAACUGGUGGGAAGAAGAAAAAGGGAGGGAAAACAGACAAUUCUAAAGGUCAAGGUCAACCUAGUAAGAAGUCGUCUGUUAAUGUUCCAAAGGUCGCCGACCCUGCACUUGUAGAAUCCUUAACAACUCAAGUAACACAGCAAGGAGAUACAGUGAGACAGUUAAAAGCUAGUAAAGCAGCUAAGCCUGAGGUUGAUAGUGCUGUAGCCAAACUGUUGGAUCUGAAGAGACAGCUUGCAGUUGCGCAAGGACUGAACCCAGAUGAUAUUGGAGCUGGUGGUAAAAAGAAAAAGGGCAAGAAAUAAUAUAGACUAUGUACUAAAAUAAUAUUGGGAUUGGGAACAAAUAUUAUUUUAACACACACACAUCAAUACAGGAUUUGUUAAUUUUAUGCAACAGUGCUACAUGUCCAAUUGCGUUGAGACUUUUUAUAUGAUAUGAUAUGUGAACAUAUGUACAGUAAAACCUGUCUAUAUUGAAAACCUUUAGAGGCACAGAAAGUGUUCACUAGACACAGUCUUUAUAGUCUAUAAAGUCACUGGAGUUUGAAAUGGUGUUCACCUGGGACAGGUAUUCACUAGAAACAGGUGAUCGUCACUGUGGAAAGUUUACUAUGUUAGUCAGAAGCAUAUAAAAAACUUCAAGUAUUCUCAAAAUAAGAAUUGAAUUGUACUAUUCAUAUUUCAUCAAAUUAUUUCUAUUCCAAAAUAGGAUGUAGUAAAACUGUUUUCGGUGUUAUGUUUUAUUUUACAUAUUUAUCAUAUCAAUGCACAAUAAUUUUUUCAUUUGGGAUGUAAAAGAAGGAGUUUUAUCAAUAUUAAUAAAUAAAAUAAAAUAAAUAUUGCAGAUCAAUUGUUUGUUAUACCACUGAGUGC